GCAGCGAAAGCUUGCGGAAUUAGACAUUUCAUCUGCACACACGGGAUUCAGAAGUUUGCUUUAGAUCUAAGUGAAAGGGGAAAAAAAAACGAACACAAAUUACAGGCAAGCGCUUAAGCUAGGCUAACUCCGAAAUCAGAAGCAAAUUUUGGCGCAAAAAGCAGGACCUUAUUUACGGCGCCAGGUUAUCGACCAGAUCGAGGCAAUUCCAGGAGGGAGUUCCUGAUCGUGAUUGAGAAUUGGUUUUGAUUUCUGAAGCCGUCAGAGUGGGAAGCGAACACGGAGCGGAUCAGAUGGACAAGAACAAGAGCCGUACUGACAUGCUUGCUGCCGGACGUCAAAAGCUUCAACAAUUUCGCCAGAAGAAGGAUGGUAAAGGAAGUAGCAGUCGAGGAAAGUCUUCCAAAAAAUCGAACAAAUCUGAUGCUGAUGCAGCAUCUUCAGUUGGCAAACCAACAGUCUCAUCACAGGUCUCCGAAGGGGAAACUGUAGCUGUUGACUUGACAGUGUCACAGUUUAUGGAGAGUUCAUCCCCUUCUGGGCUUGAUACUACUGCUGUUGUUUCUUCAUUGGAACCUUCUGUAUCUCUGACAGGCAAUGUCGAGACUGUAGUAGCCCAUAAUGCUGGAGUACCUGUUGAGGUUGAUUCUUCAGUCUCUAACGGAGUGGAAAGUACACAGUGUGUUGAUAGUAUGGUCAGCACAGAAAUACAUUCCUCAACUGCAGAUAUCCCAGUUUCUGAAGGUGAAACAGAACAUAAUAUUGUGCCACAACCUUCUACUUCAGUUGAUACCGUAGAAGGGACAGUGUUUAAACUCAAUUUGGUAGAUUCCAACGAGGGAACUGGGCAGAAUCCACUUUUUACGGCCCUGUCUCAAGCAAGUGGAGAUCAGGUAACAGAUAUAGGGGCAAUGCAGGAAGCUGAUGGUUUGGGGUUGAACCAAUUUGAUAGGGGUGGUGAAACAGAGUUCGAAAUUGAUGGCAAACUUCCUUUGUCUGAGCAUGGUGAAUGUGCUAAAUCUCCUGAAGGGGAAACUUCAGAAGUAACUGGCUUGCAGGGGCCAUCUAGUGAGGCCAAGCAGGCUAUCAGUAGAGAUGAUGCAUCUGUAUCUAUUGGGGCAGCCAGCAGUUCCCAACCAGAGGAAAGUUUCGCUGAUAGUUACCAGUUGACAAAUAAACUUGCUGGAGAAGCAAUACCUUGUUCACAUGUUGAUGAAAAACAAGCAAUGGGCUCUCCAUUUGGUGAUUACGGUGAUGACAAGACUUUGGAAGAAAAGCAGCAAUGUUUACCCAAGGGCUCUUUUGUGUCUCGGGAUGGAAGUCAUGAAAGAUCUCAUCUGACAAAGUUCGCAGGUUUACCAGAUCCAGUUCUGUCUCUUGUCAGAGAUGGUUCUCCAGUCAGACUCCCUCAGCUAGCAGAGAUGAUAAGAAGUCUAGAUGAAGAUGAAUAUAGGCAUCUGCUAAACUUGCAGGCAUUAGUUUCUAUUGCAGAUGUUGCAACUUAUGGUUUAGCGCUAUCUUAUCAUUCAGAUUUAUUUGAGAAAGUAAAAGAGGAAUUGUAUCUCACAAGUUCUACGAAAGAUAUAUUUUACUUGCAACUUGCUGAGCAGUCUGAUCUGCAUAUGCAAUCUGAUCACCAUUGUCAGCAGCUUAUUGAUGAGAUAUCUGUUCUUCGCUCUUCCGUCAACGGGGUUCUUGAGAAGAAUGCAUGCCUUGUAGAAGAGCUAGCACAAUGCAGGUCUGAACUCCAGGUUUUUGCUAGUGAGAGGGAGGAACUGCAAAGCCAAUAUAAUACACUUGUGGAUCAGAAAAUGUCAUUUCAUGAGAAUGAGAAGCUACUGAAAGAAUUAGCUGACUGCAGAGCCAUGAUUGCAGCUUUACAGGUGGAACAUUCUGAUAUAAGCAAGAGUCUUGCUUUGAUGACGGAAGAGAGAAUGAAGCUUGAAGAAGAAAAGGAGUUGCUUGCACUCGGGAAAGAGAAAACAGCUCUUGACUUGGAAGAAUAUAAGGAUUUGCUGGCUGCUUUACAAGUUGAAAAGUCGAAUUUGAAUGGGAACCUUGCUUUAGUUACAGAGGAGAGAAAGAAGCUUGAUGAGGAAAAGGAGUAUUUUGUCCAUGAGAACAAGAGACUUGCUUCUGAUCUGCUUGUUCUUCAAGAGCAGUUUGCUACGGAACAUGGGCAACACAUACAACUUGAGGCUGAAUUAAAAGAAGUAACAGUACAACUGGAGAAGCUAAUAGAGGAAAAUAAUUUUCUCAAUGCCAGUCUGGACGUGCAUAAGGCCAAGAUAGCUGAAAGCGAGAGUAGGGCAACCCACAAUGUUAAAGUUGGGAGUCAAGUAAAAAACUUGGAUGUGGUUAGUGGGGUCCAUGAAAAUGCUACUGAACAAGAACAUUCCUGCCAAAUACCUUGGAAGCGAGAUCCUGAGUUAUCCACUGUGGUAUUGGAGAAAGCCUUGCCUGAUGAUGUUGGUGGGCUGUCACUUGCAUUGCAUGAGCAGGAAAUCUUUGAUGAAUCUUCUGGUUUUCUAGUCUUGAAGGAACACUUGAAGGAGGCUGAAAGAAUAUUGCAAAACCUUGGAAUGGCAAUUGAACAGAUACACUCCCAUUCAAUGUCAUUACAACAGUCCAGCAGUAAACCGGUUGUGCCCGGAGUAUCAAAACUAAUUCAAGCCUUUGAGUCAAGAGUGCCUCAUGAUGAACCUAAGGUUGAGGAAAGAGGUUUGACUGAAUGUCAAUCACUGGGAGACCUGCUUGAUUCAACUAAAGAGAUAACGGAAGCUCUAAGAGCAGUGCUUAAGCUAUUGGUUCAGGAUGCUGAUAAUGCCAGUUCCUUAUACAGAGGAGAGAGGAAUUGUAGAAAAUCUGCUAAUUUGACAUUCGGAGAGCUCAUGGUUCUACAUGAAUCUUUGAAGGAAUACAGUAAUAAUCUUGAAGCAACCAACAUUGAGCUGGCAGUUCUGUAUGAAGCUAUUAAGCAACAUGCACUUUUAGUUGAAGCUAAGAACAAGGAAUUUGAGGUUCUUUAUGAAGCUCUAAAGCAGCAAGAAAGUAUCUGUAGUUCAGAAAAUGCUGAGCUUUGCCAGAAAUUGAGCGAUUAUCAGUUGAGACUUACUGAAAUGCAGGGUCACUUUUCGGAUUUACAGAAAAGGUCAGAUGAGAUGGCUUCUGAUUUAUAUAAACAGUUAGAAAGUUCGCAGGAGGAGGCAGCUGAGAGGGCAUUGAUGGUUGAACUAGAAUGGAAAUCUAAGCUCACUCGGAUUGUUGAGACAGUCAGGAUGCUUGAUGGAUACGUUGGGAGGCUUUCCAACUCCAGCUUCUCAAAUAACAGCAAUGAUGUUUUGGAUACAAGUAGCCAGGUCACAACAUCUGUUACUUCUGCCAUUAACUCAAUCCAAGAUCUGCAAGAGAAACUAGAAGCUGCUAAUGCAGGUCAUGAUGCGAUGUCUAGUUCAUACAAAGAAGUGGAUGAGAAGUAUAAUGAUUUACUCAGGAUGAAUGAAGUUAUGACACAGAUACUACAGAAGAUGUACAAUGGCCUGAAGAAACUUUUGAUAGAUUCGUGUGCAUUGGUGGGUGAGGCUGAGAUGAAUCCAAAAGUUGAGAAGCUUCCAAAUCUCUUAGAUUAUAGCAAGUAUACAAUCUUCAUUGAACAACUGGAGAAUGUUUUGGGUGAAAGGCUACAUCUCCAGUCUGUUAAUGAUCAACUUAAUUCAGAAUUGGUGAAUAGGACAAGAGACUUUGAGGAAAUGAGCAAGGAAUGCCUUAAUUCAAAUGCCAUUCGAAAGCUUAUAGAACAUGUUGAGAAUGUUGUAGAACUGGGAGACUAUGAAACUGACUCAUAUAAAACACCUGGUUCCCGUCUUGAAUUGUUAGUUUAUUUGCUUGUUAAGAAAUACAAAGAAAUUGUUGAGCUGGCGAGUGAUUGUAGAAAGGAGUUUGGUUCUAAGGUGAUCGAAGUGACAGAAUUAGAGGAAAAGAUGCAUCAGUUGGAUGCAUUGAGGCUUCAGCAGGAGCUGGAAAUCCAUACUCUGAAAGAAAGUCUGCGCCAGGAAGAGGAAGCCCUUGUGACUGCACAUUCUGAGUUACAGGAGAAAAAAGGUGAACUUGAACUGUCAGAGCAGCGAGUGUCUUCAGUUAGGGAGAAGCUUAGCAUAGCUGUGGCAAAGGGGAAAGGUUUGGUAGUGCAGCGUGAUGGUCUUAAGCAGUCACUUGCAGAGACAUCUGCUGAACUUGAGAGAUGCUCUCAGGAAUUACAAGCAAAAGAUGCCCGACUUCAGGAAUUAGAAAUAAAACUGAAGACUUACUCAGAGGCAGGUGAGCGUGUGGAAGCUCUGGAAUCUGAACUUUCAUACAUUCGCAACUCAGCUACUGCUUUAAGAGAAUCAUUUCUACUCAAAGACUCCGUACUGCAGAGACUUGAAGAGAUUUUAGAAGAACUAGAUCUGCCUGAGCAUUUCUAUUCUAGAGAUAUUAUUGAAAAGGUUGAUUGGUUAGUAAAGUCCACUACUGGUAAUUCUUUGCCUCCCACUGACUGGGAUCAGAAAAGUUCAAUUGGAGGUUUACACUCUGAUGCAGGUUUUGUUCCUGUAGAUACCUGGAAAGAAGAUCCACAACAAGGCUCAACUUUAGGGGAGGACUUGAGAAGAAAAUAUGAGGACCUUCAGGGUAAGUUUUAUAGGUUGGCAGAACGAAAUGAAAUGCUGGAACAAUCCUUAAUGGAAAGGAACCACUUGUUGCAAAAAUGGGAGGAGCUUUUGGAUGGAAUCAACAUGCCCUCACAAAUGCAAUCCAUGGAACCUGAAGAAAAGAUUGAAUGGUUAGGAAGGGCGUUUACAGAGGCUAAUCAUGAAACAAAUUCUUUGCAGAAGAAGAUUGAUAAUCUUGAAAAUUAUUAUGGGUCACUAGCUGCUGAUUUGGAGGGUCCAGAAAAGAGAGUAGCUGAUCUUGAGGCAGAUCUUCAAUCAGUUAUGCUUGAGAGGGAUCAACUUUCUGAAAAAUUGGAGACUAUGACUUCUAAUCAUCAUAAUCUUUCGGCGAAGGCAGCUCGAUUUGAAGUUGAGAAUGAAAACCUUCAGGGCAAGAUUUAUAGGUUGGCAGAACGAAAUGAACUGUUGGAACAAUCCUUAAUGGAAAGGAGCCACUUGGUGCAAAAAUGGGUGGAACUUUUGGAUGGAAUCGACAUGCCUUCACAAAUGCAAUCCAUGGAACCUGAAGAAAAGAUUGAAUGGUUCGGGAGGGCGAUUACAGAGGCUAAUCAUGAAAGAAACUCUUUGCAGAAGAAGAUUGAUAAUCUUGAAAAUUAUUAUGGGUCACUAGCUGCUGAUUUGGAGGAGUCAGAAAAGAGAGUAGCUGAUCUUGGGGCAGACCUUCAAUCAGUUACACUUGAGAGGGAUAAACUUUCUGAAAAAUUGGAGACUAUGACUUCUAAUCAUCAUAACGUUUCAGCAAAGGCAGCUCAUUUUGAAGUUGAGAAUGAAAACCUUCAGAUUAGAGUCAGUGGUUUGCAGGAAGAAUUGGUUAAGAGGAUGGAGGAGGAGGAACAUCUUCUUAGGAUGGAUGGUGAAAUAAGGAGAUUGCAGCACUUGAUUUCUGAUGUGUUACCGGACGCUGAUGCAAAAGAUUUGGUUUCAGGUGGUAGUAGUACUGCAUGCUUGGAAAGAUUAUUGAAUAAGCUUAUAGAGAAUUACACUAAUCUCAAGUCCAUGAAUCCGGACCUGGUGGAUGUUGAAAAGGACCAGCCCAAGAUAGGCGAUGCGAGCCUUGAUGAAGCUAGAAGCAGAGAUGCACUUACUACUGAGGAGGAUGUAGCUUCUCUAAAGAAAAAGCUGGAAGCAAUGCUGCUUGACUUGAUGCAGGUGAAGGAUGAAAGAGAUGAAAUCUUUGGAAAGCAUCAAUCUUUGCUUCAUGAAGUUCAAGCACUUGAAAGGAAAAGGGAAGAGUUGCAAGAGCUCCUUAAUCAAGAAGAGCAGAAAUCAGGUUCUCUGAGGGAAAAGUUAAAUCUUGCCGUUAGAAAAGGGAAAUCUUUGGUGCAGCAACGUGACAGCCUGAAGAAAACCACUGAAGAUAUGAAUGCUGAGCUGGAACGCUUGAAAUCUGAGUUUAGCCACCGAGAAAAUGCUCUGGCUGAUUAUGAAUUGAAGAUGAGGGACUUCUCUGCUUACCGCGAAAGGGUAGAAUCCUUAGAAGCUGACAGUUUGUUCUUGAGGAAUCAUCUGUUAGAAACUGAGCGCAUGUUGGAGGAGAAAGGUCUUUUAUUGAGCAGGAUAUUAAAUGCAAUAGCUGACAUUGAUGUUGGUAAUGAAAUUAACAUCUCUGAUCCGGUGGAGAAGUUGGAACUAAUUGAGAAAGUUUGCCAUGAUUUGCAUGCAGCUGCAGCUUCUUCGGAACAAGAGUCACGGAAGUCAAAGACUGCUGCAGAGCUACUGCUUGCAGAGUUGAAUGAAGUGCAAGAGAGAAAUGAUGGUCUUCAGGAAGAUCUAGCAAAACUUGCUAGUGAACUUACAGAAGUUGUGAAAGAAAGGGAUGUCGCAGAGGCUGCAAAAGUUGAAGUUCUCUCACGUCUUGAGAAGUUGUCUGCAGUCCACUCUGAAGAAAAAAGGAAACAAUAUUCCGAAUUAAUCAUGUUACAAUCUAGUUUAGACGCAUUGAGAAAUGGUGUCAAUAAUGUUCAGGGUCUGGCAUCUAAUAUUUUCUCAAAGGACUUGGAAUUUCUGCAAAAUUUGGAGGUUAUCGUUAAGUUAUGCUUGGAAGGGGGUGAUGCCCAAGAUAUGUCUGGCUGGCCGUACAGUACCUCCAGCAAUUUAGAGGACAAGGAGAACAUUCAAUUCGUGGAAACUUGGCCGGUUGCCAAUAUGCAGGACCCUGUGGAUGACAAAUCCAUAGUUGAAGUUUGUGGUUUACUCUGGCAGCACCUGCAAGAUUUGAGAACUGAAAUUGCUGCGCUGAAAGAAAAGUUGAUUGUGCAGUCAAAAUCAUUACAAGAAAAAGGUCAUGGGAUAUGGAAUGUAUUGGAGAUCCUGCAUAGAGAAAAAAAAUCUCAGAAAGAGUCAUUUGAAGCUAUGAGGAGAAACAUUAUGCAUUUAGAAUCAGUUGGGGAAGAGAAGGACAUGGAGAUUCUUGUGUUGAGAAGAAACAUUGCCUUCCUUUAUGAAGCAUGUGCUAAUUCAGUCUUGGAAAUUGAAAACCAGAAAGCCGAGCUGUUAGGAAAUAAUUUAGGUACUGCAGAUCUGGGGACUAAAAUGAAGCCUGUAAUAUUAGCUGAUGGAGUACGUUCUCUCAGUGGACAAAAUAUUGUUUCUGCUGAGAAAAAUAUCAAGACCAUGGCAGAUAAGCUUUUUUCAACAGUGAAAGAUUUCCUGCGCAUGAAAGCUGAAAUUACCGAAGGAAGUCAGAGGGAAAUGAGAAUUACCAUAGCAAAUUUGCAGAAAGAGCUUCAGGAGAAGGAUAUCCAGAAAGAUAGGAUAUGCAUGGAGCUUGUUAGUCAAAUCAAGUUAGCUGAAGCUUCUUCCACAAAUUACUCACGAGAUCUUCAAUCAUCAAAGACCAUGGUGUAUGAUUUGGAGAAAGAACUGGAAGUAAUGAGAGAAGAACAGACUUCAUUGCAGCAGAGAGUAAAAGAACUGGAGAAUGUGCAAACCAACACAGUGGAAUUGCAGGAUAGAGUCAAAUCACUGGCAGAUGUAUUAUCAUCCAAGGACCAAGAAAUUGAAGCCCUUAUGCAAGCACUUGAUGAGGAGGAGGUCCAAAUGGAAGAGUUGACAAAGAAGAUUGAGGAACUAGAGAAAGUCCUGCAGCAGAAGAACACAGAUUUAGAGAACCUUGAAGCUUCUCGUGGAAAGGUUAUGAAAAAGCUUUCCGUCACUGUGAGCAGGUUUGAUGAACUUCGUGAUCUAUCAGAGAGUCUUAUUACCAAGGUUGAACAGCUUCAAUCACAACUACAAGAUCGGGAUGCUGAGAUUUCCUUCUUAAGACAAGAGGUCACAAGAUGCACCAAUGAUGUUCUUGCCGCAUCACAAGUAGGCAAUAAAAGAGACUCAGAUGAGAUAAAUGAAUUUCUGACUUGGUUGGAAUCAAUUGUUUCUCGUGUUGGGUUACCUGAUCUGCAUUUUGAUACAAAGAAUAGUCAGGUUACUGAAUACAAGGAAAUAAUACAAAGAAGGAUCAUUUCUAUUAUAUCUGAACUGGAAAACCUACGGGAGGUUGCUCAAAAUAGGGAUGAACUGUUGCAAGCAGAACGGAGUAAAGUGGAGGAAUUGACACGCAGAGAAGAAACUCUCAAGAAGACUUUGCAUGAGAAGGAGUCCCAAUUAAAUUUGCUUGAAGGUGUUGGAGAUGUGGGUCAGGCAGCUGGUUUGAUCUCCGAAAUCGUGGAGGUUGAACCUGUGAUAAACAAGCGGGCAAUAGCAGGGACCUCUACAGCAUCCCAAGUUCGUAGUUUGCGUAAAGUCAAUACUGAUCAAGUUGCUAUUCCUAUUGAUGCGGAUGAUGGCAACAAUAGUAGGUUAGAAGAUGAAGAUGAAGAUAAAGUUCAUGGUUUCAAAUCACUUACCACAUCAAGAGUUGUUCCAAGGUUUACGAGACCAAUAACCGAUAUGAUAGAUGGCUUAUGGGUUUCUUGUGAUCGGGCGCUCAUGCGACAACCUGCCUUACGGCUUGGCAUUAUAAUCUAUUGGGCUUUAUUGCAUACGCUGUUGGGUGCUUUUGUAUUUUGACAAGUCAAUCUGGUUAUCCAUUGAUUUUGUGUAGAAGUUUAGCAAGGAGCCCCAACCAUGAUUUUGAAUUUAAAUACAUACUUGGCUCCUUAGUCCUUUUAUCCAUUGAUUCUUUUUUAGCUCAACCAGGUAACUUUGAUUUGCAAUUUUUUAUUUGCCUGCACUUCUCAGGUAGCUUGGUUAUGUCCAAUAAGGAAAAAUUCUUGUUACAAAUAUUUAGGACAGAGUUUUAAGGAUUCUUCAGUUUGAAUCAACCAAAGGUUGUAAGAUGCUUAGUGUAGUUAAGAAAUGUCUACAAGUUAUACUACACAAAAAGAAAUGCUGCGUUUUAAGAA